GAUGCCCUGGACGUACACGACGUAAAAGAACGUGUGCAUGUGAAUUCACAAAUUACAUGGCUGCUUUCUCCGGGCCAAAGUGAUCGAAUCUAGCCGCCUAAACUGUCAAUUCCCAGCCAGAUUACUGGCAUAUCGGCGAGUUCAUCGGUCUCUCUGGCUCUCCUAGAUUGAUGUGGAUACUGAGGGAGUGAACAAUAUCGCCUUUGGAUGAGUAUUUGAGGGAAAUUUUCCGUUUGAUGGUUUUGGCAGAGAACGGCGCCGAACACAGCGCACGGUGAAUCUGACCGCAUACACGGCAUACGUUGGCCCAAAUGGCACAGAGGUAUCAUGAAGAUGGCUUACCCCACUACGGCGGUUUAGAAGCAUCAGCUACAUCCAUGUAUGAAGCCCACGCCCCCCGCUCUGCAGUUCACUACUCCCAGGCCUAUGGCCAGCCCAGCAUACCACAGCUGAACCACGCCCCAGCUGUAGGCCACCCACAGUUCUACCCCAGCCACACCCCUAACGUCAUGACGCCGGUCUCAACAGGAGUGCCAGACACACACAAAAGAGACAAAGAUGCCAUAUACGGCCAUCCCUUAUUUCCACUUCUUGCACUCAUCUUUGAGAAGUGCGAGCUUGCAACCUGCACACCUCGUGAGCCAGGGGUGGCGGGUGGCGACGUUUGUUCCUCAGAGUCCUUCAAUGAAGACAUAGCAGUUUUUGCUAAGCAGGCAAGGACUGACAAGCAGUACUUCUCCAGUAAUGAGGAACUUGAUAGUUUGAUGAUUCAGUCUAUUCAGGUACUGCGAUUUCACUUAUUAGAAUUGGAAAAGGUACAUGAGCUAUGUGACAACUUCUGCCAUCGGUACAUCAACUGUUUAAAAGGGAAGAUGCCCAUUGAUUUAGUGAUUGAGGACCGGGAAGGAGGCAUGAACGGAGGAAAGCCAGGCUUGGGCGAGAACCACACAGAUUCCAGAAGUGAAACGGGCUCAGUUGGCCCACCCACCCAGGGAGCUGUGACCCCGUCCAUGCAGCAGCCCAGCAGCAACUACAGCCAGCACUCAGGCAGCUUACCGCUGGGCAGCCACAGCCAGCAGCCGCCAGAUGACACUCACUCCAAUGCAGGGUCGGACACACCGCUGACGAACAUGGUGGCGCAGAUGCAUUCUGGGGACAACAACAGUGAGACAGAUGGCGGCCUAGACAACAGUCUGGGGUCGGGGGAGGGUACCGGGGAAGAUGACGAUGAUGAUAGAGCUGCCAAACGCCAGAAGAAACGAGGCAUCUUCCCCAAGUCAGCCACUAACAUCAUGAGGGCGUGGCUUUUCCAGCACCUCACUCACCCCUACCCGUCAGAAGAGCAGAAGAAACAGCUAGCCCAAGACACGGGCCUGACAAUCCUACAAGUCAACAACUGGUUCAUCAAUGCCCGACGCAGGAUAGUCCAACCAAUGAUAGACCAAUCCAACCGUGCAGGUGGUCAGGGCAUGAUUGGCAGUGACAUGAUUAGCCAGUCAGGAGCUGUCUCAGGCAUGGGCAUGCCCCCUGCCUCAGGUGGCUCCUCCUACUCCCACUCUACCCAGCUCCACCCCUCCAUGCACUCCCAAGCCAUGAUGCUCGCCGGCCACCCCCACUCCAUGAUGAUGUCCCAUCAUGCAUCGGGGCACAGUGGAUCUCACAGUGCGGUUGGCCAGUCAUCACCAAGUCUUCUCAACCACAACGACUCAGUCACAGCGUGAGGAAGAAGAAAAAAAAGACGACACAAAAACAAUUGUAUACGUAGCCACCGACAAGUUAUAUUGUCAAAGUCAUCCUUUUUGAUCUAGUGUAAUUGGAUUUUAAACCUCUGUGGUAUAUCAUGGUACUUUUCACCUGGGCCAAUGCUCUUACUCCCACUGUUACAGCCCACCCACAUACUCUUGUCUACUCCAAAAACACUUGCGGAACUGUUUACCUGUAUACCACUUUUUACCCUUUCACUUGAUGGAAAUAUGUACAAACUAGUAUUCUUGCCAUGCAAAUUUGGAAACAGACUAAAUUAUUUGCUUUAAAUGGAUUCCUGAUGAUAUGGAUGAGAGAAACUUCCAACCUUUAGGCAAGAGGUCCCAACUUGUACUAAAUUCUAGUCAAGUGACCAGUGUUGACAUCAAGCCUUCCUAUUUUGCCUCUUCUGAUUAAGCCGAAGGUCACUUUAUAGUAUAAUGUAUUUAGCCAUUGAAUUGGUUACAUUUGUUUAGAUGCCAAGUUGUAGAUUUGGCAUUGAUGGCUUUGGCUGCAAAGAAGGGAAAUACAUGGCUUGCCAACAAUUCAAUUAUUUUGACAGACCUUGCUAUUCCAAUUAAGGAAAAAUAUUCAAAAAUUGAAAGUGACCAAUUGAAAGUCACCAUCAGGUAUUCAUGCAAUAUGCAAAUGAGGGAGUUGAGAUCUUUCAUGUUGCCACGACUUGUAGGCAAAUGAUUCUCAUCUUAGUUACUCUCAACAAGUGACAUCAAAGAGCCAGUAUUAUUUGAUACUAUGGACACUCCAUCCUCCAGUGAAUCUCUUUUAGCCCUGCAUUUCCGAGACACAACAUGACUUGAUACGGCUUUUGUAUGUCAUUUGAUUUUUGAGCUAACUUGAAUCCCUUAUCCUGAUUGGUCACAUGCAUGGCAGCUGACCAUGCAGUACAUGCUCAUACACCACAAGUCUGAUUGCACACCGCACGUUGCAUUAUUGCAAGGUUAAGCGUACCAAUUCAAAGCUGCAGAGUACACCGUGAAUAAAAAAAUGUACCCGGGUGCCGAGUUUGCUGGAAAAUAAAUUUGUCCCACUCGUUUGAGUGGAACACGGCAUAAUGUGGUGUGGUGUAGUCCCAAAUAUCACCGACAGACACCGUUAUGUUACACUCACACAAGCAAGGUAAUGAAGCUGAGUUAUCUGGACACUUGCUCUUUAAGCAUUUUUGUCCUAGUUUGUGUGGUGGACUUAUCAUGAUGAUUGAUUCGUGAAAAUUUCACAAGUUAUUUCUGCCCCCCCCCAAAAUAGCAGUUGACAGUUUUGUUUGUUACUUUUUAAAUAUAUUUAAACUUGGAUGUAGUGUUAAUAACUUGGUUAUAUAGCUCAUUUUUUGUGUAAAUAUACAUACGGUCUUCAAGUUUUUUAUUCGAAGAGUGCUUGUCGGGGUGAGAUUAUGACUUAGAUACCUAGAUCCUGUGUUUCAUCACGUACAUGUGAAUACUAACGUGUUUUUGUGUGGUUUUCGUGUCAUCUUUUGUUUUGUCUGAAAAAGGCAGAUGGUGUAACUUAAACACUUUACAGAGUUUGAAAUCUGUGUUAAGUAAUCAGUGAUCUGAGUGUCACAGUCUGUAUACUUAGUUUGCGUAACAUUGAAAUGUAUGCUGCCCACCUGGUUUUGUGUUAAUUGCUUUUAUUUAACAUUUCUUCAAAAUGGCUUGUCCCAUUGAUGCUUUGGGAAAUUCAUGGGAUUUGACAUCAGACUGAUGUAAAACAAGGAGAAGAAAAAGAGAAUAUUAAUUGUCUUAAAUGUGCAGCCAUUGUUGGUAAUGGUUUGUACAUUUGAGAGUGCAAUAUGUUCUGGUUAUAGAAAAUGCCACGUUGAUCAUGACGGGCAGAAUUUCAUCAGCAUUGUUAAAGUAGGUUUUCGAUUUUUCUGGGCAAUUUUUAGCAGUAAUGUAACCAAAGUAUUGGUGCUUGCAGAACUAAAAAAGGAUUUAUUUGGUGUAAAUACAUAGUCCAUUUGUACGAGUGUGUAUUUAAAACAGUUGAUAAAACAUUGCUUCUUAUAAUACUAUCCAACGUGUGGAUACAAAUGAGACACAGCAUUUUUAACUAGACCGUUUUGUUAUGUUGGGGCACUACUUUAUUGAAAUAUUUUGACAGACAUGUUUGAAAUAGGAUAACACUAUUCUUGCCCUGUUUUGGUGAAGUAUGCAAAAUGGUACCCUUGCUUACUGACUUUUAACUUCUUUUGUCCCCUUUUGUUCAGUAAUCUUGUGCUUAUUUUGAUUGGACAGGCACAAAUAUAUUUAUCAACUGCUCUGAUUCUUGAAAACUACUUAACUAAUUUGUCUCCUGUUAGAAGUGAGAUGUUAAAAACAUGAAGAUAGACAGGAGGAAAAAUUACUACUGGUUGGGGGGUCAUAUAAGCCAUGCAACCCCCCAUUUGUAUUUUGUUCUUGCCAAGAACAGUGCAUGUUUGUGGAUAUCAUGCUGCAUUUGAGGGGUUCCAGCUUACUGUAAAUUCAUCUCAGAACCAAUUGGCAAGACACCAGUUGCUAUCCAUUAAAGUUAUCGCAUUUGCCAUGCAGAACAAGUUUCUGUAGAUGAAGCCAAGUAACCAGAUCUGAUAUCCCUGUGGGCCACUGCAGCACUCCGUGUAAAGCUGGAUUUUGCUCUUGAAAAUGAAUGCGACUGUGAACUUGCAGUGAUGAUGUCAUGAAAUUUUCAUGGCAAAAUCUGCAGUGUGUUGGAUUGUGAACUCCCAUUUAAAGUUCCUACAGGGAUUAGGACAUCGUAAAUCUGCAGGGAUGUUUGAUUUUAGAACUGGCCUAGGUGUAUAUGAAGAGGGAUUGCUGCUUGGAGUGCAAAAGGGCUGAUAUGCUGGCACCACAAACACUCGAGUUGUCCUCUGCCACAUUCAAGCAUGUGCUAGCACUCUGUGUAAGGUAGAACCAAUUAAGUUAUGGGAUUUAUGCCGUUCAUGUUCCCGGAACCAGUUAAUAUCAAGAAAAUGCAAGCAACAAAGCUUUCUGCAGUGUGGUAAUAUACGGCAAAUGAAAGGUCAGGUAGAGGGCUUUGGCAUUAAUUACUCAUGGUUACCCUUGAUGGCAGUGUGGAACAUGUAUUCUAAUUGAACAGCACACUUCUUAUUGUCGGAAACUUCUAAUUAUAACAGGACACCACCAUAUGGUUUGGGGGGAAAAAAUGGCUCAAAGCCAAGAUUACUUCCGAGUGUUUGACCAGAAACGAAUAUAGAAAUAUCUGUUAAAUACAAAUGCGUCAACUGCGCAUUUAGAUUGCUGUGGAACAUUUGUUGAAUGUAAUCUACCUGUAUUCUCAUGGGGUCCUUCUCAUUUCACUUUAGGUAAUUGUAAACGGAUGAUCAGGAAGAAAAAGGGGAAAGUGAAAUGUCUCCGAGAAGAAAUCCAAGAUGAAAGGGAAGUGUAGGAUUAACUUUCAUGGAAAUGCUACAAAUGUAUUCAACAUUUAAUGACUGCAGAGUGUUUCAUUAAUGUUAUAUUAGACAUUUGUGAAUAUGUAUUAAAUAAAUUUCACAGAUUUUGAUGACACAAGAAGCAUAGUAACAAAGUUCAGAAAAAAAAAUUAAUGGCACAGUGCUGUUUCAUUUGUAAUAUGAAAUAAUGAAAGCAUUUUGCCUACAUGAUUGGACUGCUUUUGUUGUUAAACCUUGAGAGGUCUUUAUUUUUUAGAUGUACACAGCGAUUGGAUUUUUCUACCUCUUGUAUUUAUAUUAUCAGGAUCCAUGUGGAUAUAAUUCUUUAUGGAUUGAUGAAAUGUUACUUUUCCCCAGUCCCAAGAACAAGGAGUAUUCAAGGUUGUAACAUUGUGCAGAUUCUUUCUCAUAUCUUGCUUCAUGUUAUUUUAAAGAUAUUUUGAAGUUGAAGAUUAAGGUCAUCUAUUUACCUCAGCCCCAGGGUGUUCUGACCAAUCACAGUCAUGAUUCAUGUUCAACAUGUGUGCACAAAAGUGCAACAUGCGUGUACGCAUGCAUGACACAAGCGGCUGGUACAUGGCAGCGAGAUAUGGAAGAGGCACACAUUUAUUGCCUAUUUGUAAUGCGAGCAGGGAUGGCUGUAUUUAUUUUGUACACAAAUCUAGGUAUGUGAUCAGUGCACAUCAGCGAGUCACUAAUGGCAGAUGGUUUGUAUACCAAGUGUUGUUCCAGAAAAAAUGAAUCAUUGUGCGCCCCCCUCAUUGGAAGCAGAGGGGUUGGGUUGACGCUUAUUGGAUUUCACUGCCAGUUUUAUAUGAAACGAGUCGUGCAAAGUCGGUUCCAUACUGUGACAAGCUCUCGUGUAGCGAGUCGACAGGGCUAGCAUAGUUCUUUGCCAUUACAAUAAGAUUUCCUGGUGUUAAGUGAUCAAAUGCCCUAGAUCUUGGCAGUCAGGUUGAAAUUUGGAUGGAUCAGCUUCUUGCUGAUUCUGUUUUCUUUCAUUGAUGUAGGCCCUUUGCACUGAACCUGACUGAUUGAAAUGGGAUCCACCAUUUUUGGAGUCAAAUGUCCACUGAAAGGAUUCUUCUAUCUGGGGUUAUAUACAAAGCUACACCGGUUCCAGGCACACAGUGUACGUUGGUAAAAAAAAAACAAUAGUUGUUCAAGGUUUUUAUAGCUGUAUGUAGUUGCUUGGUAACUGAUGCAGAUGGCCUAAACUGGCUUCAAAAAUGGCAUGGCAUAACAUGUCAGGUAUAGAAAGUGAUUCCAGCCGCAAAUGGUCUCUAACAGAAAGGCAUCUUGUUAAUACCAGGGUUUUUUUAGCACCCCAAGCAAGCAAAAAUGACUGAUGUGCCAAAAACAUCUAAAAGUGUUGAGAAAACUAUUUUGUUUAGUUCCUUGUAACACAGAGUGUCAAAUGUAUACAUGUUCACAUAGUUAUUUCAGUAUGUGUAACACAGAAACUUACUUUAAAAGAUGUGUGAACACUUUCCUUAUUUAAACCAAUUUAAAACACUUAUACAUUUUCAGUUAUAUUAAACUGAAAAAAAGUCUUUAAAAGUUGUUUGGAUUAGAAUGCUUAAAAGCUGUGGUGUUUUCCUGUUCUGUCUUGUAGAAUGAUGUACAUUGUUAGUUCAGAGGUAACACGCUUGUGCCACACUUCUCUUUAUGGUGUGGCCCCAUCAUAACUUUUUGUGUUUUCUAAGCUACAUGUAGCAUGUAUACCUAUGCUUUAUUUUUUUUUUGGUUGUUUUCCCUUGCUGUUUUUGUCAUUUUUUGGUCAUGUGUUAUAGCUUUGAAUGCUAGUGUAUAGAAAAGCUGACAAGCUGUAACUCUUACCAGUGAUAUACAAUAAACUGUUAAUGAACAGAAAAGUGUUC